AGCGAACAGGAUUUCACAUAUAGAAGACUUGUGCCGACGUACCGGGCGGUAGUCUCGGUAAUGGCCUGCAUAUCCUUUGUGUCUGGUGUAGUGGCCGGCUACCUUUUCAUGACCAGCAUGGCGGGAGUUUCGCAGGCGGUAAAAAUUGUAUGGACCACUGGAUCGGCCACCUAUGCAUUGGCCUCGCUUCUGCUUAUUAUCGGAGUUUGGAAGCAGAUUAAGUGGCUGGUUUAUCCCUACAUGUGCAUGCUCCUAAUGGCCAUUGCCGUGUACACGAUGAUCCUGCAGUGGUUGUUCAAGAACCUCCCGGCUGCCGUCUUCACUUCCGUGGCCAUCAGUUUUGUAUUCCUUGGCAUUUCCUUGCACACGACCAAAACAAUAGAACAAAACAACAGAGAUGCAGCCUUUUAGAGCUACAAAAUAUUGAAAUUCUAAGUGUGGGG